CAGAGAUUUCUGACAGAGAGAGACAAAACUAUAAAAGCUGAAGCUGCCAUUGCUUGUAGGCGAAAGGAUCCACACUAAAAUCUAGAAAAAACAAAACAAAAAAAAAAAACAAAAAAAAAAAUGGGACGUAAAAGGAAGAGUAAAACACCAGCUCACAGGAAACAAGAGGGCAACAGCAGCAUGACGCCACCAAGCAGAGAGUCUGCUGAGUACACCAGACCAAGGAAAAGGAAAAAAGCUGCAGAUGAGACCCCCAGAAGACGGAUCAUGGUCUCUCAGUUGGCUGGAGCCUCCAAAAGCUGCCAGGACCCGAUCAGAACCAUGAGGAGACUGAGGAAUAAGACCACAAAGGAGGCAGAGGAAUCUUCACCACCGGCCAAGAAGAGGAAGAAGGGACUCCUGCAACGGGUCCUAACCAAAGAUCCUCCAUCCUCGUUGGACAUCAGCUCAGAGUCAAGCAGCUUCAGUUCAGUAUUUUGCAGCACAGGAGUAGAAGAUUUAAGGAAGAGGAAACUGAGGAGGCAGAAGACAGAAAUAAUGGAGAUGGACGAAGAAAGAGUCGAUUCCCAAAGAGAUCAGAGUGACUUCCUCGAAAAAUAUAUUGAGCUGGAUCAACUGGGAGAAGGAGGCUUUGGAUUUGUGUUUUCUGGAUAUCGGGUAGAGGAUAAAUUACCUGUGGCUAUCAAGCGCAUCCCAAAAGAAAAUGUGGUCAUCAAACAUAAGGAUGAGAACGGCAGGGAGUUGGCCAUGGAGGUGGCUGUCAUGCUAGAAAUGAGGAACCUAAGCAGUGCACUGUGGCAGUCAGCCUUCGUGACCCUGCUGGACUGGUACGAUCUGGAGGAACACCUGAUCAUUGUGAUGGAAAGGCCCAUGCCGUCUGACAACCUGUCAGACUACCUUAUGGAACACAACGGUUGCCUUAAGGACAAGAAGGCUAAGAUCAUACUGAAACAGCUGGUGGAAGCAGCGCUCUACCUUCAGAAUGCAAACAUCUUCCAUAGGGACAUUAAGGUGGAAAAUAUCCUGAUUAAGACCACUGCAGAAGGCUUACAAGUCUAUCUGAUAGACUUCGGUUUAAGCUGCUUUGAUGACAGACGAGAACAUGAACUUUUCUGUGGUACUCCUGAUCACUUCCCACUGGACUGGUACGUUAACACUAACUACAGGGCUGGACCUACAACUGUGUGGCAGCUGGGCGUGGUCCUGUAUGAAAUAGUCCACAGGCAUCAGUUCCAGACUUCAAACUUCCUUUCAAAAAAGCUGAAGAUCAGCAAAAGGCUCUCCAAGAACUGCCAGGAUGUUCUGACAAAGUGUCUGAGGGUUGACCCUGAGGAGCGUCCCACACUGGAACAGCUGCGGGGCCACCCGUGGUUUUCGUAGACUGCACACACACACACACUUAUGUACACGCACACACACCCACACACACACACACACACACAUAUGUACACCCACUCACUGCACUUAUACAUUUUUACUUUUUCUAGCAUUCUUGGCAACUUUAGUCUUUUCUCUGGGUGCUCUGGUUUCCUUCGGUUUUCUCUUCCAUUGAUAUCAAUCAGUUUGUUUCUGAGUUUUCCUGUUUCCUUCAAAUUUCUCCUCUAUUCUUGAAAUCAUGUUUUCUUUUUUUUUUAGCAUCAUUGACAUUUAGAAGCUUAUUUUAAUAUUUAUUGACUUUUCCAGGUUUUCCUGUUUCCUUCUUUACUUUCCUUUCAUCCAUAAAUCAUUGUUUUUAUUUUAAUAGGUUAUUUUUGUUUUUUCUCCGGGUGCUCCGGUUUGAUUAUCUAAUCCAAACCUCCAAUCAGAACAAUAUUAAUAAGGUUAAUUAGAGAUUCGUGGCUUUUCUCUGAAGGGUUUGUUUUUGUCCUUUUGCUGAAAUCUCAAAUUCACUUUAUAGGUUUGAGAUUUUGGGGUUCUUUGAUUUCCUUUAGUUUGCUAGACAAGGAAUUAUCUAUUUUUAGAAAAAAAUAUAUAUUUUUAUUGUGAUUUUUGUUUACUUUCCCGGUUCAAAAACAUCCAUGUUGAGCUACUUGAAGAAUAUACGUCAUGCUUAGCUGUGACUCGGUUCCCAUAGGCGGCUUGAUUGUCAAAAUAUUUCCCACAUUUUUCAGCCAUUGCCCCUUUCUGUGAUCUUCAACAGGAUUCAGCUGGGAUGGAAAAUGGACGAAUGUUAAGCCUCUCAUUCCUGCUGUAAUUUCGUGGUGUCUUCUCUUUGUUGUGUUGUUUUCCGUAGUAAUCUUCGUCUUUUGUGGGCUGAGUUAUUGUGGUUAAGUGAUAAUUGUCAUUUGGUGACACUGGUGUGGGUUUGAUGGCUUUGGUUUGGAUUGGUUUUCAUUUAAUUUCAGCUCAUUUUGUCUGUGUUGCUGUUGCUGGUUGCUGUUCUGUGGGCCAGGUUGCGUUGCUCGUGGGGGUGUUGUGUAGGUCUCAAAGUUGCGUUCACCAUUUGUUUGUGGGAUUUCUUUUUUUUUUCUGCCUAUACCUCUAUUUAUUACCUCCUCAAAUAUUAAUAUAUUUUUGUUUAAUAGAAAUAUGUAAAUGUCAAAGUAAAUCCCUGUCUGAAAAAAUGUUUUCUAUAAAUAUAUUUGAAACUGAGAUUUUACCCGGUCUGCUGCGCAGACACACACAUUCACACAUAUUUUUCUAAUACAGUAUUUGUGAACUUAUGUAGGUAGGUUUUAAUGGUUGGAUAUAUAUUUAUGUGUAUAUUUAUGGAAAAAGAUGUUUUCUCCUUUCUUUUUGCUUGUCAUAUUUGUUGUCACCAUUGUUGACCUCUCAAUGUUUUUUGUUUUUUUCAGACUCCAGAUCUUUCUACCCAGUGUUCCUGUGUUUGUCUCUCUUUUCUGUCCUCUCCAACCCCAGCCAGUCGAGGCAGACGGCUGCCCGUCCUGAGCCUGGUUCUGCCAGAGUUUUGUCCUGGUGAAAAGGGCUUUUCUCUCCACUGUCGCCCCGUGCUUGCUCAGGACGGGGGAUUGCAUUAAAGUGAAGCUUUGAUGCAAUCUGCUGGUUUCCUCCCCUCCGUAGAAUCGCCACCUUAACGUGGUGGAGGGGUUUGAGUUACCCCCAUGAUCCUGAGCUCUGAGUUGCCUGGGACUUUGAUCUGUGGCGUGGUCACUUGUGGCAAUAUACCUUCAGUAUAGGGGGGGGGGUCACACCAAGAGCGAUUCAAAUACUUGGAUGGAGUAAAGCUGUAGAGAUGAUGAACAUCUACUGGAGUCAACCUUGCAGCAUCAAGGCUGAGCUUUGAAGAAAUAGGUGGAGUUUUGUGUAAGCAGGCGUUAAGCCACAGCUGAAUGUUGCCACCGAACAUUCAAGAAUUUCUCCAACAUGAAAAAGUAAAAUCGACAUUCCAGGUAUGUUUUUGAUGAGGGAAUAACAUUACAAAAUUAUUUGUACCCCUGGCAGGUGAUCGCCAUUGCAAGUCACAACCAAUAUUCACACAAGCACACAAACUGGAUUCCUAAUAAAUUGUCUCAAUCUUAAUGGGGAAGUAUUAUGUGUUUUCCAGCCACAUAAUGCCAUUUUUUAUCUCGGAAGAUUGGAAACUGCAGCUCAGAGGAGGCGAUGCUGGGUCCACCAAGGUGUUUCCUGCAACUGAAUGGUUACCAUGGAGGUUAAAGGAUUUCUCAAGCAUGCAUGAAAGACUCAAAGCAACACUACAUAAUGUCUCUUUCCAGCUUCCCAUUGCUUCCUGAAGUCUGGUGACAGAUACCAUGGACUAACUUCCCCACUUCUGGGUUUAAACGGAGCAACGCCUCGGUUUAUUUGCUUCUAAUGUGUGCACAGUGCAGCAGACUUGCCACUGUUCAUGGUCACUCCUGCAGCAAUUUAAGUGAGAUUGUGCGUUAUGAUUACACUGUAAUCACAGAGGAAGAGAAUUCAUUACGGCCUCUGGAGUGAGCAAUGGUUACUUCAGAAUCCAAUUAACUAAAGCAAACACACUGCAUCAGUUAGCAGGCGCACGCUGCCUGCGCUCGCCCCACACUGGGACGAAUAACACGCGCUCCACAUGGAGGGGGCUGAAAGAAGAAGUGUAUGAUGAGCACUUCAGAGCCAAUCACAUGACUAACUUUGCUUUGAUGUUUUUGCUUCUUGUGAGCAAAGCCUCCAUGCAGAGAGAAAGAGAGAGAGAUGGAGGAGGGGGGAUAAGGAUGAGUUUAUUUGGCAAUCAUUCCCAUAAACAGAAACUGUUUAUGGCUCUUCUGAGAGGAUUCUCACGUGGCUGUGGCUCUCUGCAAAUGCAUCUGAAAUACCAUUUGCUUUGAGAAGUGGCUGCGCAGCUGGCAUGAAGACGGCAUUUGUAAAGGUUAUGAUGCAGAGUUUUAAUAAGUGGCUCUGGAAUUGACUGUACAAACGGCAGCAAUCGGUUCCCUGACGUUCCCUUUAGUUUCAGAGUUCUUAGGUCAGAGAUAAGCCAUUUAAUAAUAAAGUAAACAAAAAGAGCUCAAUAUGAAAUGUGGAGCCUUUA